CCCCCUCUCACAGCUCUCUCCCCUAUCCUCAGGCUGCGCUCAGUGCUGGGGAUGGAGCGGAGGAGAAGAGCCAGCAUCGCCCUCACCCUCAACUCCCUGUCCCUUCUCUUCUCAGUCACCGCCUUCUGCAGCAGCUACUGGUGCCAGGGGGUCCGCAAGGUGCCCAAACCCUUCUGUACGGGGAGAGCCCUGGAGAAGGCGACCACCUGCAUCCGCUACAACAAUUCCGACUCCAAUGGCACCGGCGCCGUGCACUAUUCCUGGGAGACCGGGGACGACAAGUUCAUCGAGAGACACUUCCACGCCGGGAUCUGGUUCUCCUGCGAGGAGAAGAUCAGUGGGGACGGUGAGAAAUGUCGCAGUUUUAUCGCCCUUACGCCCCCUGCAGACAGAGGGGUCUUGUGGCUGUCCAUCGUUGCGGAGGUCUUGUACAUCACGUUGCUCCUCACAGGAGUCAGUCUCAUGUCGGUGGAGGUUUGCUAUUACACCUCGGUUAUUGAUGGCCUCAAGCUUAACGCUUUCGCUGCCAUUUUUACAGUUUUAUCAGGGUUGCUGGGUAUGGUUGCACACAUGAUGUACACAACCGUGUUCCAGAUGACGGUCAAUCUUGGCCCAGAGGAUUGGAGGCCUCAGAACUGGGACUAUGGCUGGUCCUACUGUUUGGCGUGGGGGUCUUUCACGUGUUGUAUGGCGGCCUCCGUGACGACCAUUAAUAGAUACACAAAGACCAUUCUAGAAUUCAAGCAGAGGAAACGUAACCUGGAGAGAAGUUUACAGAACAAGCAGAAAACUCUGGACCAAGAUGGCGGCCGCCCGGUGUGGGACAUGUAUAUAAACAGCGUACAGGGUCACAGAGAGGCCUUUGUGGAUUUGUCUGUCCCGGCCCAGAAUCCCUCACACGUCCGGAGUCCGAUCCCGUCGGCGCACUGCGAGGAGUACUGCUAGUGUUUGUUACAUACGUUUUAUAAUAAAAUCCUUCUAUCAGGGUUUCUAUAUCAUGUCUUC